AUGGUGUGCAUACGACCGGCAACCGUGGAGGAUCUGGCCGCCAUGCAGCAUUGCAAUCUCAUGUGUCUCCCGGAGAACUAUCAGAUGAAAUACUACGUCUACCACGCCGUUUCGUGGCCGACACUUUUACACGUCGCGGAGGAUCGCGGGAAAAUAGUCGGAUACGUUCUCGCCAAGCUCGACGAGGAGUCUCCCAAAGUAGCUAAAGGACACAUCACCUCGUUAUCGGUUCUCAGGACGCAUAGAAAAUUAGGCAUAGCCGCAAAGUUGAUGAUUGCCGCGAACGACGCGUUAAUGACCACGUACAAAACAGAAAGUUGCUCGUUACACGUUCGCGUUUCGAACAAAGCUGCGCUCCAUUUAUACGUGGACACGUUAGGAUACGAAAAUACGGGUACGGAGAAGGCGUAUUAUGCGGAUGGAGAAGACGCCCAUAACAUGCGCCUUACGUUCAAAUACGGCUUGAAGGAUCAAGGAUUGACAGAUGACGAGAUGAAAGUGCUGGAGAGGUUGGGUUUGUUAGACGUGAAGUGA